UUCUCAUAUAUCUUAACCAACUUUUCACUUAUCAAUCAAUCAAUCAUUGUCGUACUUUGUCUCUUGCUAUUUUGUAUUCAAGGCUUGAUUUAAUUCUCCUAUUUGUACAUGUACAGUUUUUGUGUGAGGUUUUAAUUUGUAUGUGAAUGUAAUGUCACCCUGAAUCCCUCAGUUAUUAGCCGCGGAUUGUAUUGGUAAAACGGAUGUGGUAUAGUUCAGUAAUUGGAAGUGCAAUUUGCAACCCGAUAAAAAGUCUGCAGACCAUUUUGUGUGCUAAAGUAUACGUAGGUGAGAGAGAUACUGAGACCAUGAAGAAGCGGCUGACAUUAGUGCUAUACACCGUUCUAAUAGGAGCUUCCUUGUUUUUACUGUAUUCCUUAACGGUGGAUAGAGGCAACCUCGGUGCAGUUGAGAUAGACAGUCGAGUAUUAAAGUUGGACCAGCUCAUAGGCAGGCAGUCAAGAGCAGGACAAAGACAUCCAAACUCUAUAGAUACCCCAAGAGAGAGGGACAAUGCCCCAUCACUGCCGAUAGUACAAGGCUGUCCACGUGUUCCAAAACCAAUGCUGAAAUACAUACCACCAGUCCAUUCUGUGCCCCUCUCCCCCAAAGAGAAGCUGUUGGCCAUGUGUGGACAGACAGAGCUGUUACCACUAAGCAGUUUUUUCACUGACACGAUGAUCAAUACCAUGACUAAGAUAGGAGAGGGAGCCUUCGCGGAUGUGUUUGGCUGUCAGAAGGAAGGCUGGGACAAGCUCGCCAUCAAGAUUAUACCCAUAGAAGGAGACUUCAAGUAUAACGACGAGCCUCAGAACACGUUUCAGAGCAUGCAGCCAGAAACUGUAGUCAGCAUAGAGCUGAGUCUAUUGGGGGAUGCGAACAAUAAGCUGAAUAUGUCAAUUCCACACUACACAAAGAAUUUCGUUCAAAUGGAUGCAGUUGCUCUGGUUCAAGGCAAGUUCCCUGACUUUCUCGUUGAGGCCUGGGAUGACUAUGACUUCAGGAAGGACUCUGACAAUGACAGACCAGUUGUAUUUCCCGAGAGUCAACUGUACGUGCUGUUCUCAGCUGAGAAUUCGGGUGUGCAACUAGGAAGUUAUGUGUACCAUUCGUUACAGGAGGCCAUCAGCGUUUUACAGCAAGUGACUGCUACCAUAGCAAUUGGAGAAGCUGCACUUGAGUUCGAGCACCGUGACAUGCACAGGGGCAAUGUUCUAGUGAGGAGAACACACGAGAAGUACCAUUACUUCAGACUCAACAAUAAGGAGUACUACAUUGAGAGCCACGGUGUGCAGGCCACCAUUGUGGACUAUACCCUCUCCAGAGUAAAGCAAGAUUCCGAGUGUGUCUCGUUCACUGACCUCAACAACAUGCCCUGGUUGUUCAAGGGCAAAGGGGACAUCCAGUUUGACGUGUACAGAAAUAUGAGGAACGAUACAAAGAACAAAUGGGAAGAGCACCAUCCCUUUACUAACGUCUUGUGGAUCAACUACAUAGCAACCAAGAUGAGUAUCAAGGCCAAGUUGAAAGGACCAAGCUCAAAGACAUGGAAACAAAAGUUAGAGCCCUACGUUCGAAAGAUACUUCGACACAGAACUGUUAAUGACGUCUUCUUGAACAUUUUCUCCCCUGAAAGAAUUUUAAAGAAACCUGUCUCUAGGAAAUCAAAUAAAUCUUAACGACGUCACAUCUUUUGUUAGCAACAGAUUGUCAGACUUUCUCUACAGCACUCAUUGUACCCGUAUCACUGCAGUCAAUCUCACCAGAGGAUUAUAAUUAUAAUUAUUUUAUGUUUAUUUUUUUAUUCAGGUUAAGAAUGAUGCAAUUCUUGUGAUUUUACUGAAACAUGAAAUUUCCCCUUUCAAG